CUGCUGCCUGUUGCUGAGUGGAAGACAGCAGAAAGCCCUGGAUUCAAACCUCUACUGGGUUUUUGUUUUGCUUGUUUUGUUUCUUUUUCAUUUUGCCUUCAGAAGAUGAACAGUGAAACCACAACCCUGAUAUCCUUGAAGGAGGCAAUGGAAAGAGUAGAGCACAAACUCCAAGCUUUAGAAGCACAGUUUAAAGAACUGGACUUCACCAAGGAUAAUCUGACACAGAAAUUUGAACAUCAUAGUAAGUCUUUGGCAAACCAAGCAGCCCAAGAUGAGCUGUGGACAGCAGUUCUGUCACUCAAGUUUACUUCAAUGGAAUUGAAUAUUUUAUACAGCUACGUCACUGAAGUACUCAUCCGCUUGCACACUCGUGUGCUUGAGAAGCUGCCAGAUCUGGUGAGAGGUCUUCCCACCUUAGCCUCCAUCCUCAGACAAAAAGUCAAGAACAAGUGCAUUAGAGUUGUGUGGGAGUCUGUCCUGGAGGAGUAUGGGCUGCAAGAAGGAGAUAUCACAGCACUGUGUACCUUUUUUGUAGCACAUGGUAACAAGGCAGAAUACUACAUUGCUAAAGUAAGGCAGAUGUAUUUAAGAGAUGUCAAUUUCAUGAUCACUAAUAUGGUAAAGAACCAGGCUCUGCAGGAUGGUUUGCUGAAGGCUGUUCAGGUCAUUGAGAAGGGGAAAGCAGGGAGGGCCCCCGAAGAGCAAACAUCAUCCCUAAAACAGCUGGUACCAUCAGUCAAAAGCUAAUGGUUAUCCUAGACCCAGAGAUUCCACUUCUAGUAAUUUAUCUUGCAAAUGGGAAAAAAUACAUAUAUACAAUUUAUUACAGGCUUAUUUUCAUAGUAAAAAUGAGGAGAGUGUUAAGCAAAUUAUGAUAUAUUGAUACAAUGGAUACUUUCUGUGUAGCAAUAUAAGAGAAUGAAGAAGCUCUUGAUGUAAUUGUAUAGUAAUAUGGCGUUAUCACCAAGAUGUGUUGUUUUAAAAUAUUUAUUUUCAAUAUAUAUUGCUAAAUGGACAAAGGGGGCAAAAACAAACAUAUAGACUACUAUAUCCAUAAACUUCAUAAAAUUCUUCUGGAGAAAUACAUUAAAAGUGCUAACAUUGGUUGUCUUAGGGAAGAAAACUGAGGCUAGCGAUCAGUGAUAGAGGCAGUUAUUUCACUGUUAAUCCUUUUUGUACUUUUUGAAUUUUGAACUAUGUGAAUGUAUUCUGUAUUAAA